CCGCGCUCGGAGAUCGAGACAAGGGGAAUGUGGCCGAAAAAGGCCGUUAAUAAUAAACGUCAUGGAGCCCGCCCUCCUUCGAGUCUCCCUCUUCCAACGUCGCGGCUUUUUGUUGUGUUGUGUCCCACAGCCGACGAACACUACCGGCGUCGGUGACGCUGUUUGUUUCUUAGGGAGCCACUCGAUCGUGGCGAAUCGUCGAAGUAGUGACCACCACUACUAGGUGAUGCGCAUAGCUUUGACGCACCCCUUUGGAUCACUUCGACCACCUAUCUCGGCGUGAGAUGACCCGAGCUCGCCCGAACUGCCUUCGGCCGUGACUUUUCCUUGACUUGGGAACCCCUGCGACGAAAAGGAAAGUAGGAAAACGACAACGAACAAGGAGCAGCAACAGCAGCACCAACAACACCAGCAGCAAUGGACGAAAAAGAAGAGAGCGAGGCCAGGUCGGGCCGCGAUCCCAGCCGCUCCGACGCGGAAGUGGGAGAAGAAGAAGGAACCGAGACGGCCACAGAAAGCCAGACAGUAGUAACCGCGGCGACACCUCCCUCGAUAGACGACACGGAAAAGGGGCUCCUCAGCAGCACCACUUCCUCGUCCCAUCCCAACCCCCAUGAGCCCAUCCGCACGGCGGUGCCGGCAGCCGCAACAACGCCGACAACAGAAGCAGCAGCAGCAGCACCAGCACCAGCAGCCCGUCCAAAGUCCCCCCCGUCUCCCGCGGCGGGCCGGCGCCUCAGCGACGAGACCGUCGCGACUCUCCGGCGCGAGCGCUCCCACAACGGCUGGGGUUGCGACGGCGACGUCGAAGCGGGCGGGGCUACUGCCACCGAAAGCGACGGAGGCGAGAAGGGACUGCCGCAGACGCAGACGCAGACGCAGAAGCAGCAGCAGCAGCAGCAGCAGGGCGAGGGGGAGGGGUCCGAGCAGGAGGAGAAGGACCCCUUCGAGGUCGGCUGGGACGGCGGCGACAGCGACCCGAUGUGCCCGCGCAGCUUUGCUACCUGGCGCAAGUGGCUGAUCAUCAUCAUCACGAGCGUCGGGUCCUUUUGCGUGACGAACGCGUCGGCAUCGUAUACGGCAACCUACGCCCAGAUGGACGCCGAGUUCGGCAACUCACGGCUGGUGGCCACGCUGGGGCUCUCGUUCUUCGUGCUGGGCAUCGCGCUGGGGCCGUUCUGGUCGCCCCUCGCCGAGUUCUACGGCCGGCGGCCGAUCUACCUCUGCUCCUUUGCCGGCUUCAUCAUCUGGCUGAUCCCGUCGGCCGUGGCCAAGAACAUCGAGACCAUGAUCGUCGCCCGCUUCUUCCAGGGCCUGGCCGGAAGCGCGUUCCUGUCCGUCUCGGGCGGCACCGUCGGCGACCUCUUCACGCGCGACACCAUGCUGGCGCCCAUGUCCGUCUUCGCGCUCGCCCCUUUUGUUGGUCCCUCGCUCGGACCGCUCGUCGGCGGCCUGAUCAACAUGUAUACCAACUGGCGCUGGACCCAUUAUGUGUUGCUCAUCUGGGCCGGCGUGCUGUUGCUUACCAUUGCCCUGUUCGUCCCGGAGACGUACCAUCCGGUGCUGCUCAAGAGAAAGGCAGAAGAACUCCGCAAGUCGACCGGCGACCAGAGGUGGCGCGCCCCUAUCGAGAAGAUGACCAGGUCUGUCUCCAGGACGGUGGCCUACUCCUUGCUCCGGCCCUUCCAGAUCCUCUUCUUUGAGCCCAUGGCCCUGAUCCUCAACAUCUACACCGCCAUCCUCCUCGGCAUGCUCUAUCUCUUCUUCGGCGCCUUCCCCCUCAUCUUCCGCACCAACCACGGCUUCAACCUGUGGCAGGUCGGCCUGACUUUUAUGGGCCUUUUGGUUGCCAUGAUCACCGCUUGUCUGAGCACACCUUUCUGGUCCAGACUCCGGCAAAACAUGGUGGCCAAGCGGCACAAGGAGACAGGCGUGCUCAAGACCGAGCCAGAGGACCAGUUGCCGCCCGUCAUAGUUGGUGCGCCGCUGAUUACCGGAGGCCUGUUCUGGUUCGGCUUCACCACGUACCCCGAGGUACAUUGGAUCGUGCCCAUCAUCGGUUCUGGCGUGUUUGGUCUAGGGUAAGUGCAAUACAUAGUAGUUUCCCGGCCCCUAGGUUUACAUAUCAUUUUCCUACUUCUCUUCCCUAUU